CCUCUGAGUAAAAGCAUUGCGGUUCCUCUGCAAAACUCUCAGCCUCAGAGAGUCGCAGCUAACUGGAAAUGAUUCCAUAAAUCCAGUGCGAGUCUCCACCCGAGAGGACUUCCAUUGAAGAGCAGCCUGCAGCAAAGAAACACCGUGCAACAGUCUCAUUUUACUUGUCCAAAAAAAAACGCUGCGUAAGUAAAACUGAAAUCAAACACGGCGGCAGCAAACCUUCUUUGGGAUCCAGACUCGAGUCGAGGAAAUAAAGCAUAAGGAGAAGUAGCGAUUUCAGCUCGUCUGGAGUUUUGGAAGGAACAAAAUGUCUAAACCUAAUUACUCCGGCACGUUUCAUAUGGUGGAUCAGGUUAAUAUGGACGCCUAUCUCGCAGCUUUAGAUAUUAAUUUUGCCCUGAGGAAGAUUGUGUGUCUGUUGAAGCCCUCCAAAGAGAUCAGCCAUGAAGUGGCCACAGGGGCCAUGAAGAUCCGCACUCUCACCACCUUCAAGAACUUCAACAUGGAUUUCACUAUCGGAGAAGAAUUCACUGAAGACCUGAGACCAGUGGACGGUCGUACCUGUCAGACUACAGUGAGCUGGGAAGGAGAUAACCUGGUUUGUGUACAGCGAGGCGAGAAAGAUGGACGAGGCUGGACACACUGGCUGGAAGGUGACAAGCUGCAUUUGGAGAUGAGAGUUCAGGGCAUUGUUGCCAAGCAAGUCUUCAAGAAGGCUGAUUGAAGUAACUGAAAAUAUGUUUUAGUGAAAUUAUUCUUAACAGAAUACAGUUAAAGGGAUAAUUUGCCUAUUUUAACCAGCUUUGUAUCAUAACAAUGUGGGUACUAUGUAAAUGAAGCGUUAUUAUGGAACCCACGCAACUUCUAGGCAAGACCCGCCCUUCAAUAGAAUUCACACACUACUAUUGGCCAGGUGUCCAUGCUUACGCAAGGUAACGGAACCAAAUUUUUUAAGGUCCUAAUCCCUGACCAGUUGGCUAUCCUAAACUACUAGAGGUCAAUGCCUAACCCCAACCAAUCAGGCUGCAUCGUAGGGUGGGACUUGCCUAGAAGUUGCGUGGGAUCCAGAAUAACGCGUAAAUGAACUAUGGUGAACUUCCCCUCCAUCUUGCCAGCUCCCAGAUCUCCGUGCUCAUCUCCCAGCGAAACGCCGGCGAAUGAUGCGUUUUGCUCUCUCUCUCUCUCAAAUUUAGACUGAAUUAAGAUUAAACUGUAAAACUAGACAGUGCUGAUCAAAUAUAAACAUCAUCCAACCAACUCACCUAGAUGUUUUUCAGAAGCAUCUUUUAGCUGUAAUACAAGAUUGUUUGCUACCAGCCGGUCACCAUAUUAUAUCUGUGAGGUGCUCGCAUUAGGCUUGUUCGAGAUGAGCCAGGCCUGCGCAGAAUCGAUCAUCCCCAGCGUUCCCAAUGCAUGCCGGUUAGAUUUGUGUCCGACUUGAUCCCAACUUGCUCUGACGUCAUGCACACUUGGGCAACGGUAACCUCAGAUCAAGGCGCCCGCAGGUUUGAGACGCAGGCAGCGCAGUUGCUCUUCACCGACAGCAAGACCCAGGCGGACCCAGGGCAUGCUGGGAAACACCUGCCUCUCAGCUGAUCUAACAACUGAUUGGUUCAGAAUCGACUCAACAUGAUGACGUUUUAUAUAAACUUUUUAUUGUUUUUGAAUUUGUCUGAUUUAAAGACUUAUUCUGUACAGAACACAUGUAGUGUGGCUGAUAGUGACAUUUAGAAAUCGGAGAGACUAAAUCCGUUCAGAUUACGGAUCAUCUACAGUCUGUUGUUUAUUGACAUCAGCAACAGAUUGCAUGUAGAGAAUUUUGAAAGCUACUCUGUUUUAAUAAAAACAACUGUAGACUUUGUACAAGCUGAUAUAUGGGUCUGAUAACAUUUUAUUACAUCGGAAUCAGACCUAACAGGAUGUGAGUGUUUCUGUGACUUCCUGUUCAGCCUUAAGGCUGGAAACUGUCUGACUUGACCGCGGCUUUUUGUCACCGCCCCCUGCUGCUGCUGCCGCCUGCUCUCGUCCACUUUACAGGCGAGGUGCAGUUCAUCUUGAACGAGCCUAGUCACCCACCAGCAGGAGCCUUUAUUGUUUUGGUGAGGUGCAGUGCAUUUUGGUAGUUGUAGUUUUUGUUUUUUUAGAACGUUUUGAGCAAAGGGAAUACCACAGCCCCUUUUCUUAGUUGUCUCUGGCCUUGUAGCACCAAUUUAAAAACAGACAAGUUUUAUGAAAAGACCCCUUUUCCAUUGGCAAAAUACUUCUUUAAGUACUCGGUACAACAUUUGAAUCAUUUUUAUCAUUUUUUUUUAAAUUAUAAUCAACAUUAUUUUGAAAUAUCACAAUAAGACCGAAUAUCUGUGAAAAUACAUGGUAAUUGCCUCUGUCUGAUGGUACUAAUACUACUAACUGAGAAUGGCUUGUGUAAACAUUCACUACACACUUCCUCAUAUUGCACUAUCGAUCUUUACAAUGUUAUAAACAAAUUUUACAUCUGU